AUGCCCUCAUUCACGACAGCCGAACGCAUCCACGCGGUGGAAGUCAUUAUCAACUAUGAGUUCCAUGACAAAUAUCUUCUUGUGAAGGCCCUGGAAGCUGCCGGGGCCACCAUGGCCGGCCAGGGCAAUAAGCGGCUUGCUCUUAUCGGGGACGCUGCCCUAAGGCUCGUUCUUUAUGAGUUUGGUUAUGAAGACGAAGCUUCCAUUCGUGAGACCCCUCAAUAUAUACUUAUAUAUUUUGUCAUUCCUUGUCCAAAUGUUGAUGAGAAUGUUAAUGAGAUGAAAGGUGACAUGACGAAUGCACAGAAUACUCGGGCCACAAACGAAAACCUAGCGAAGAUAGGCUUUUCCCUGGGUAUCGACGCCUACAUCCAGCUGAAUCCUUCAGCCCAGGGCGUCGUCCCUGAGCGGCUGAUGGCAACUACCAUCGAGGCCAUCAUCGGCGCUGUCUAUCUCGACCGUAAUAAGGACAUUAUGGUCGUACGUCGCCUGAUUAUUCAUCUGUGCGUCAUGCCGACGCUCUAA